AAUAUAACAAACCAAAACCAUUCCCAAGUUUUGCAUUUAUUCAACCACCAAUUUCUCUCUGCCUCUGUGUCUGUUUUUUUCUCUGCUUCCGAGUUUUGAUGAAGAAAUGAGAGAAAGAAUGGAAAGGCUUGUUCUUCUUCCUUUCUCUGUCGGUUGUAUCUCUGAAUCUAGUGUUGCUGUAGGUCUACAGCAGCCAAGAAGAUCGAAAUCGGACACAAAUCCUUCUCCAAUAAGAACUAGACAUGUGGAAGAGGAAGAAGUAGACGAUGACAAUGAGAGCUUAUCAGGUGAAAGCAUGAAGAACUCAUUUAGGUCCAUGGGACUUCCAAAGCCAAACAUAUCCAAUGGAAUCAAUAAAUUGUUCAAAGGCUUCAAGAACAUCUCUCAGAUGUUUGUAGAAAAGGAAGAGAUGGAGAUGGAAAUGGAAAUGGAAAUGGAGAUAGGAUGUCCAACAGAUGUGAAGCAUGUGACACACAUAGGAUGGGAUGGUUCUUCAACAAACGAUCCCAUGCAAGGCUGGGGAAACCUCAUGUCUCCGGAUUUGCUCUCUGUUCCGUCUGUUCCAUGGACAAAGUUCAACCUCUCUCCGGCUGCACAAGCUGAUCAACCCCCUCUUGUUCAUGGUUCGGCUUCUUAAUUCAGUUUUCUUAAGAAGAUAAUGGCUCUGGCUCUAUUGCUGAUUAAAAAAAAAAUGGCCAUAUUUAAUUGUAUCUAAUUCAUUAAGCUCUCUUUUUCCCUCUUUCUUUUGCUUUAUAAAUAUACUCUAUGGUGUAUGUUUUAAGUUUUUAAUGUUGUGAAUACCGUUGCUUUUGUAACUUUAUGGCAUCAUGGAUUUACAUUUGGAUUUGAUAUAAUUAUCAAAUUAUGUGGUAUUGUGAAUAAAUAGGUUGAAACUCUACCCCUGGAUAAAAGUCCUUACUAAUCCAAUUAUGCUAUACAAAUACUCAUGCUAAUUCCAUGAAUGAUAUUGCUGGAAAAUGUAGAACAAUGUUAUAUGAUCAUUUAGAUAAACCAAAGAAGUUGCUAUGUCUUUAAUAAAGUUGCUUAAGAAAUCAAGAAAGAAACUUGUCAACAGGAAAAAUAAAUAAAUAAAUAUAUAGCAUAAUUAGAUUAGUGAGGACUUUUGUACUGGCCUCAGCCCCUCAAUAGUGAUCUCAAAUGAAUGUCCAAUAAAAGGCUAGGGGUUUAUUUCCUUAGUUGCCAAGCAAAAAAUAGAUAACGAUUAUUAGCCCGACCAUAAAAAUAAAAAAUAAAAAAAAAUACCAUUAUCUUUGACCAGCUUUAAGACAAUGGAAUUUUUCAGUUUUCACCAACCGUAACCAAUAAAUCAAAUACCCAAAACCUAAAAAUAAAACAUAAGAAAAUUUGUUUUUGUCCCAGAAGGUGUUAAAUAACCCAAAACAAACUUAAAAAUAGCAGAGACAAUUAACACGGAAGUCCAAACUUAAAAGUUGCAUUAGUUACUAAAAAGUCGUCAACAUCAAAUAUACAAAUUUUCAUUUCCUUCACAGAAUAACAAAAUACAUCAUAUGAAUAUGGGGAGGCAAAGAUGAACAAAAAAGCCACAUCUAUUUGAAGUAGUAGGGAAGGUCUAGAACAUAGAGGAGGAAGUAGGCCCAAAUGACACCAGAAA